AUGAUCACCGGGAGAUUUCCCCCCACUUUGCCCACCCGCAAGCGGAAGCGAUCCCGGUCUCCUAAAGACGUUUGUCGGGUCGCGGCUGUGGAUCUGCACGCACCUCGCGAGAAUCCCUCGGGCCGUGCAGCGUGGGGCGCGGACUUUCGGUGGCGGAGUCUUCCAGAAUGUCCUGCACGGCAGCUGGAAAGGAGUGCCGGCCCACGGCUGCCCAGCGGCAGAGAGAGCGCAGGCAGCCCCAAAGUAGAGUCCCUGUCUCGAGAGUGCCUUUCUGCUGGGGUUGCUCGCCUCCUCCCACGGCAAGUCGCCAGCCUCGGAGGAGCGCCGUCUUCGGAGAGAUUGGCUGUCUUCCCGUCGCGUUGUCCCACCGGCUUCUUCCAUCGCAGGAACCCGGCAGACCUCGGAGACCGGCCUCAUUUUAGGUGUGCCGGGCAUCGCAGAUUCAGACUGCCGAGGAGGCUGAAGGUCCUGAAGGUCAUCGUCCCAGGUUUCUCCCAGCAGUUCCCAGGCCCCAGCGCCAAAGCACAGAGGACUCCAAAGCUGCCCCGGCCCGCGGGGACCUCUGCAAUUCUGCCUGCAUUCGCGCUCUUUGAUCACCGCGAGACCGAGGGUGCCUUGAAGAUACUCCUUCCGACGGCCGCCAGGAAAAGCGAGGCUGGCGCACCCCCGUCCUCAAGGUUGCCCGUCGAUUUCCUGGAACCUGCGUCGCCGUCGGGGGCGGGGGCAGAGCCUGGGAUGACGGCUGAAAGCCCUCAGCCGUCGGCUUGCGCGGUGGGCCGAGCGGACGGCGAAGCCGAAGCCGCCUCCAGGCUUCCCGCGCUGGUGAAAGUGGAGCCGGCACCCCCGGGAGAGGCCGUGGAGCCGGAGCCGUCGGAGGAAGACUUGGCUGCGGCUGGGGGGUCGCGGCCCAUCGGGCGCCGCAGGAAGCGGCCGGUGCAGCGCGGGAAGCCCCCGUACAGCUACAUCGCGCUCAUCGCCAUGGCCAUCGCGCACUCCCCGGAGCGCCGCUUGACCCUGGGCGGCAUCUACCGCUUCAUCACGGAGCGCUUCCCCUUCUACCGCGACGGGCCUCGCAAAUGGCAGAACAGCAUCCGCCACAACCUCACGCUCAACGACUGCUUCGUUAAGGUGCCCCGAGAGCCCGGCCGGCCGGGCAAAGGCAGCUACUGGGCCCUCGACCCCCACGCCCGCGACAUGUUCGAGAGCGGCAGCUUCUUGCGCCGCAGGAAGCGCUUCAAGCGCAGCGACCUUUCCACCUACCCGGCGUACAUGCACGAGGCCCCCGCCCAGCCCGCCGGGCCUUCGCUGAGCUCAGCCUACGCCCCUCCCGCUGCUCUCUGCUACCCCUCCCAGCCGCCCCUCUUCAGUCUGGGCCCUCUCAUGGCGCAGCCCAGCCCGGAGCUGGUCCAGCAGCACAGCGCGGACAUGAGCCCCUCUCCUGGCAACGCCUGCUCCUUUGCGGGGUCUGCGGCCUACUCCAGCCAAGCCUGCACCGCAGCCCCUAGCCUCCCAAGGCCCCACAACACCAUGCCUUACUCUUACGCGAUCCCCAGUGCCCAGCAGCUCCAGGUUAACCAAGGGUCUUAUGCCCAGAGCAGCAACAAUAACCUCUUUGGGGCUUCUGCCCGCCUAGGAAUGCCUACCUCACCCCCCAUCACUAAUGACACGAUGGAUUUCUAUGGCAGGAUGUCGCCUAGCUCCUACAGCUCUUUGGCUCACGGGUACAAUGCCAGCGGGCAGCUCAGCAGCCCCGGAGCCUACCUGCGCCACACCACUUACUCCAGUAACAUGGAAAGGUUCGUUUCGGCCAUCUGA